CACGGUAACCUGCAUUCCUGCACACGAGCGCACAGUUCAACUAAGCUUUGUUAUAUGUGUGUAAAAAAGCUGUGUUACAGAUUUAACUGUGUUUUACUACAGAGUAAAUGUUUGAGGGACUAAAUAAUAAAUAAAAAUAUAAUACUGUGCACAUGCUCAGUGGGACCCACGGUUGCCACGGGAUACCAGAGCUAAUAAACAAACGUCCUGUAUCAGACCGCAGGUCCGCUGUGGUCCCAGAGGAGGCGAGUUCACACAGCGAUUUAAUCCACACUUUAAUCCAGUUUACAUCCUUAGAAAAGAGGCGGUUAACUUGUAAAUUUGUGAAGAAGAAGUCCCAUAAAAUGUCUGUCAGCACCACACACGGUCUUCCUUUCCUGCCUGGGAACAGCUUUCGAGACACAACGAAAUCAGCCUUCCACAGACCACAAACUCUGUCCUAUAAGAACGGCUACGCGCUGCCUCUUAGGCCCACAGCGGGAAUAGGCCAGGAUCCCCUGCUCUCAGAGAACAUCCUUCAAAACGAGAUGAAGCAGCUGUCCAGUCAGAUCCCCACCCUCACCUACGGCACCCCCACUCGCAGCCCCCCGCGGGACUUUAUACCAGCUUUUGUGGCUUAUGACAAGAAGGUGCUGCGUUUUUAUGGUUAUUACAAGGAAGAAGUGCUACAUUCUCCAAACGAGCAUUUCUAUGUGCAGCCUGUAGUGAUCUACUACUACCUGGAGGAUGACAGCAUUUGUGUGAUGAAGCCAAAGUUGAAAAACACAAAUGAAAAGGAAAUCAAACAGAUCAAACGUCACCGACUGCCCAAAAACCAGCCCGGGGAGCACUACCACUGGAAGGACUUCAACCUUGCUAUGGACAUGAUUGUGUAUAACACUGUGUACAGAAUCACAAACUGUGACCCCUUCACCCAGGAGUUCAUGGAGAGUCAGGGGAUAGUUCUAAACGACCCUGAGCAGAUCCCUGGUGACCCACACUCAAGCCGACAGAUUCAACCCCAGCUCCCUGACAUUUCUUCAACAAACUAUGACAGAUUCAAACAGUUUCUAACCAUGGAUCGCAAGGUGCUGCGGUUCUUCGCUGUUUGGGAUGACUCUGACUCUCUGUAUGGAGAGAAGCUUGAAGUGAUAGUGCACUAUUACCUGGUUGACGAUUCAGUGGAGAUUCGCAUAGUUCAGGAGUCCAACAGUGGCAGAGACACAGUUCCUGUGCUUCUGCACAGACAGAAAAUACCUAAAGACAUUAAAGAAGUCUGCCAGCCAUUCCCCAGCUGUGUUCUGGAAGUGUCUCCACAAGAUGUUCAGGAGUUUUAUUCUCCAAAGAACUUUCGAGUAGGUGAGGAGCUGAGGCUCAUGGGUAAGCGAUUCCUUCUGUACGACUGUGAUGAGUUCACUCGGAAAUACUACGAGCAGCAUCACCCUGACAUCCCUCUAAAGCCCCUCCCUGUGCAACAGAAAACCCAGGAAGACUGCAAGAAGGUGAUUCCACCAUACAAUGGUUUUGGCUCUCUUGAGGACUCACUGCAGAACUGCCUUUCUCUAAUUCCCAAACCGCCCAAGAAAGACCUUUUAAAACUUCUCGAGAAUGACCAUAAAGUCCUGCGUUACGCUGCCAAACUGGACUCACAGAAUCCUAAUGACGAAGGCCGUCACUUCAUCCUUUCCUAUUACCUGUCCAACGACAUGAUCAGCAUCUUUGAAAGAUCUCGGCGCAACUUCGGCAUCCUUGGAGGCAAGUUCCUGGAGAAGACACGCAUUCCUAAACCAUCAAGUACAGUGGAAAACCCGGAGUACUACGGCCCGGCCGACUUCGCCAUCGGAGCCACAGUGGAGGUGUUCAGGCACCGGUUUGUGUUGACGGAUGCCGAUCAGUAUGUGCUCACCUAUCUGGAGUCGAUGGCAGAGCAGGAACAAAUCCCAGAGAAGACACUGUCCUCACUGAGACAGGCUCUAGGCCAAAGCAAAGCACUGGACCCAAACCACACCUCCCUAAAUCUACCUGACCCAGCUGCAGAUGAAGGACGUCCACCAUCUUCCUGAACUUCCAGAAUCAUCCUGUAUCAGAAAUGCUCAUUUCCUGUUUCUUACAGAUAAAGUUGUAGCCCUUUCUUUUCUCUGUUCUGCUUUUCUCUGUUAUCUCCUUAGUUUAUCACAGUGACAUUUAAGGAAAUAUCUGUGUACUUUUUUACUUCUUUCUGGCAUUUGGCUGCGCUCUUUUCAACAGCAUCAUUUUCCUUCUUGAUCACCAAUAUAUACCCUACAGUAUACCCAAAAUUCCCUAUAUUGCGGUAUUGAGGCUGAUCAUAAAUGCAUUGGGUGUAGAAAUAAAACAAAUAAUUAACA